GAAACUUGUGUUUCACUGGUACGGGGCUUACUGUGUUAAAAAAAAUGCCGAACUGAGAUAGGGGGCUAGCGCGCCGAGAGAGAGAGAGAGAGAGAGAGAGAGCGAGGAAAGGGUAUCUGAUUGUGCAGUGAAAUGGUGACCUACCUGGUGAAAUUUCUAAGAAAAAAUCCGGUCAGUCAUUUUAUAUGUGUUCGGUCAAAAACGACAUCUUCCCAGUAUGUAGCUUCUAGGGCUAGAGACCCCACGUUUGAGAAGCUGAUGGACAAGUACAAAAACCUUCUCAAAGUCAUUGCAAUUCAGGAUCUUAUCCUUGCAAACCCGAAGAAGCAGUCAGUCUCAGUUGAAUUUCUCUCCAGACUCUCCCAGAAGCUCCAUCUCAACCGUGGUGCCACCGCUUUUCUGCGCAAGUACCCUCAUAUUUUCCAUAUUUUCUAUGAACCAAGUUUGGCGGGAACUUGGGCUUCCUGAUGAUUUUGAGGACUCGGUUAUUUGUCAAAAUCCUCAUCUCUUUCAACUGUGCGAUGCUCAUGAACCUAAUACUCAUUUAUUGAAACUGGUUGAUGUGCUUCCCAACAGUCAUUUUACAGCAGCAGUUGAGAAUUGGAGGGUUGUUGAAUGCUGUAAAGAAGAUUGCAAGCUCGAUCGAACGGAAAUGCAGUUUAGUUUCAAACACACGCAUCCUCCAGGGAUGAGGCUGAGUAAGAGUUAUAAGGCCAAGGUGAAGAAAUGGCAGAGUUUGCCAUAUUUGGGGCCAUAUGAGAUGAUGGGUGAGAAGAAGAAAUCCAAGGCUGGAAUGAUGGCUUUAGAAAAAAGAGCCGUGUCAGUUGUUCAUGAAUUCCUUGGCUUGACAGUGGAGAAGAUGAUUGAAGUAGAGAAGAUAAGCCAGUUCAGAAAAUGGUUUGGGAUUGACUUGAACAUAAGGGAUUUGUUCCUGGAUCACCCGGGGAUAUUCUAUUUGUCAACUAAGGGAAAACGGCACACUGUAUUUCUGAGGGAAGCUUAUGAGAGAGGGUGUUUGAUUGAACCAAAUCCUGUGUACGAGGCAAGGAGAAGGCUUCUUGAUCUUGUUCUUUUGGGACGUCGGGGUCUACCUGCUGUUAAUUCCAAGUACCAGGAUCGAAGCAGUGACAAUGAGGAUGAACAAGAGUAUAGCCGACAAGGACAUGACUCAUAAUCUCCUUGACAGGAGCUUUACGACACUUGCAACGAUAACAAGGUUCUAUUUUCCAUGUCGCUUGACGGUCUUUGAUGUUUAUGUUCCUGCUGCUGGUACAAGGUAAUUCAUUCCAUGAAUAACUCUGCCUUUUUAAGAGGUUGAAUAUUUCAACUAUUUGAGUUCUGAAGAUGCUUGCUAUUGUAAUGAAGAUGAAAACUUUGAUCUCAAAUUUUCUGGACAAGUCAUUAGCAGAUGCAACUUAUGGAGAUGUUGGGUAUCUGGAAAAUAUCCUAUUUAAUGAGAGGCUUUUCUAUGGUAGAUGGUCAGCGUGAAUGGUUGAAAUGUUUUUUUAAUACUUUUUCGUUGUGUUGCUGCCUUAAUUUGAGCUGACAAUCGAUGACAUGUAAUUUUAGUUAUCUUUUUGUGACAUUAAAAGGAUGCAAAAAUUCUAUAUACCAUCUACUUAGCAUUAUAACUUUUGCUGCAGAGGCAAAAUACGAUGCCACAGUUCCUGAUUCUUUAAUGUUCUCUGAUUUUCAAUAUUGUGGUAGCUCUUAGACGGUUCCUCUCCGAAGAGUGCAUGGCAAUCAAAACGGAAGACUUUUCUUGGGGUGGUAGCUACCAUAUUUGUUCAAGAAUUGCUCCAGAGGAAGAGGCAAGGGCUUGAACAUGACAUCUAUUUUACCUUGGGGAAACCUCACGGUACUCAUUCAUAACAGUGGCUAGAAUCUCCAAAUUCAUAUGAUACUGGAAUCUGCAUAUGUCUGUACGCAGAUAAAUUAGCAAUAUAAAGAAUUUUCUAUAUAUUUUUUGUUUUUUCUCUGACCUCUAAGAGUUGUACUUUUUACUUUAGAUCCUGAACCAUGUCAAGUCAAAUACUACUAGCUAGUGCACUAAGGGGCAAUAGUUAAGAUGCAUUUGUGUAGUCCUUAUUUUGUGCCAAUAAAAUUUAUAGAAAAAUAGUUGUGUGAUAGAUUUACUUUGAUACUUUGGGAACACUAAAGUUUGCUUCGAAAA